CCCCUCCCGUCCUCCUUGGAUCAAGAGAAACAGGGGAUUGCACGUUUGAGGACACAUUGAACAUUUGUUCGCAUGUGGAGUCUCUUCAUCCGUAGUUUUAAGUUAAUUUGUGUCCGGUGAAUCAUUGAUCCGAGAUGCUUUGUACUUGGGAACGGAAAUAAGUUAGGCUACAUAUGAAACAGACAGAGCCGAUUUUUUGCGCUCGAAGAAAGUGAAUAAGGAGGUCGCUAGAUAUCGGUCCUUCCAUCUGAAAGGGCACCACUUCGACUGGAGUUGGAAGAGAAUCCAUUGACACUUGAUAACGUUACCACCUAUGUUGCUUUGAAAGUGAAAACAACGGUCUGGUUUUGCUGAUCGCAUUGUAAGAUGGCCCUAAAACUUCUUUUCAUAUCAACGUUGUUAGUAAUCAUCCAUUACGGCAGCUCCCAGCAAGAUGGAAACGAGUGCAUCAAAGCGAAUGCAAAGUCCUGCGGGCAGUGCAUUCAGGUCGGAGAGAAAUGCGGAUGGUGCAUGGACCCUGACUUCCUGAAGCAGGGCGAGCCCACGUCAGCGCGCUGCGACGAGGUCGAGUCCCUGCAGAAGAAGGGCUGCCUGGCGACCGACAUCGCCAACCCCCGCGGGAGCCUGACCGUCGACAAGGACACGCCCGUCACUGACCGCAAGGACAAGACGGAGAAGCUGAAGCCCGAGGACAUCACCCAGAUCCAGCCGCAGAAACUGACGCUCAGGCUGAGAUCAGGUGAGGCCCAGUCCUUCAAACUGAAGUUCAAGAGAGCUGAAGACUACCCCAUCGACCUGUACUACCUUAUGGACCUCUCCUAUUCCAUGAAGGACGAUUUGGAGAAUGUGAAAAACCUGGGUACAGACCUGAUGCGUGAAAUGCAGGAGAUCACUUCUGACUUCCGAAUCGGCUUCGGCUCGUUUGUGGAGAAGACGGUGAUGCCCUACAUCAGCACCACGCCAGCCAAGCUGCUGAACCCCUGCACUGGCGACCAGAACUGCACCAGCCCCUUCAGCUACAAGAACGUGCUGAAGCUGACCAGCAACGGCGAGCAGUUCAACAAGCUGGUCAGCCAGCAGCAGAUCUCCGGCAACCUGGACUCGCCCGAGGGCGGCUUCGACGCCAUCAUGCAGGUGGCAGUCUGCGGGGAGCACAUUGGCUGGAGGAACGUGACUCGCCUCCUGGUGUUCUCCACCGACGCCGGCUUCCACUUCGCCGGUGAUGGGAAACUGGGCGGCAUCGUGUUGCCUAACGACGGGAAGUGCCACCUGGAGAACAACAUGUACACCAUGAGCCACUACUACGACUAUCCUUCCAUAGCCCACCUGGUCCAGAAACUGAGCGACAACAACAUUCAGACCAUCUUUGCCGUCACGCAAGACUUCCAGUCUGUUUACAAGGAGCUGAAGAAUCUCAUUCCAAAGUCUGCAGUGGGCACCCUGUCCUCCAACUCCAGCAACGUUAUCAAACUGAUUAUCGAUGCUUACAACUCUCUGUCGUCUGAGGUGAUCCUGGAGAACAGCAAGCUGCCAGAAGGGGUGGUCAUGGAGUACCAGGCCCACUGCAAGAACGGUGUGAUUGGAGAGGGGGAGAACGGCAGGAAGUGUUCCAAUAUCUCCAUCGGAGACGAGGUGUCCUUCAGCAUCAGCGUCAAGGCGACCAAAUGCCCCGAGCACGGCAAGCCGGAGGUCAUCAAGAUCAAGCCGCUGGGCUUCACCGAGGAGGUGGAGCUGGUGCUCAACUUCAUCUGCGAGUGCAAGUGUCAGGCGAAGGGGGAGCCCAACAGCAUGCGCUGCAACAACGGCAACGGGACCUUCGAGUGCGGCGCCUGCAGUUGUAACGAAGGGCGCAUCGGCAGAGAGUGCGAAUGCAGUACCGAGGAGGUCAACAGCGACGACCUGGAUGCCAACUGUCGCCGGGACAACGGCACGGACAUCUGCAGCAACAACGGGGACUGCAUCUGCGGGACAUGCGAGUGCAAGAAGAGGGACAACCCGGAGGAGCGCUACAGCGGCAAGUUCUGCGAGUGCGACAACUUCAACUGCGACCGCUCCGGCAACAAGCUCUGCGGAGGUCACGGCCGCUGCGAGUGCAGGGUGUGCAUCUGCGACGCCAACUACACGGGCAGCGCCUGCGACUGCUCGCUGGACACCACCACCUGCCUGGCCAAGAACAAGCAGAUCUGCAACGGCCGCGGCAACUGCGAGUGCGGAACCUGCAAGUGCACCGACCCCAAGUUCCAGGGCCCCACCUGCGAGCUGUGCCCCACCUGCCCCAGCGUCUGCACAGAGCACAAGGACUGCGUAGAGUGCCUGGCCUUCGGCACGGGCCUGAAGAAGGACACCUGCAAGGAGGAGUGCAGCGACUUCAAGAUCAUCAAGGUGUCGGACCAGAGCAAGCUGCCGCAGCCCGUGCAGUCCUUCCCCCUCAUGCACUGCAAGGAGCGCGACGCCAACAACGACUGCUGGUUCUACUACACCUACGCCGUCAACAACGACACCAAGAAGGAGGUCCACGUGGUGGAGAAGCUCGAGUGCUCCACGGGCCCUGACAUCAUCCCCAUCGUGGCGGGCGUGGUGGCGGGGAUCGUCCUCAUUGGCCUGGCACUGCUGCUCAUCUGGAAACUGCUGAUGAUCAUCCACGACAGGAGGGAGUUCGCCAAGUUUGAGAAGGAGAAGAUGAACGCCAAGUGGGACACGGGUGAAAACCCCAUUUACAAAAGCGCUGUGACGACUGUGGUCAAUCCCAAAUAUGAGGGCAAAUGAUGGAGCCUCUUGCCUCUCAUUCCAACACUGUAUGCAAAAUAGUUUGGGGGAGGGAGAUUGGGGUGGAGGGGGGAGGAAGAUUGGGGUGGAGGGUGGGUAGAGGAGGGUUUUUUUUUCCAUUUUGUUUUUAUAGUCACAGUACCAUAGCCAUGCAUCUGACCACUUUCAGUUUUUACUAACAAUAGUUUUGUUUUUUGUUUUUUUUCUUUUUCUAUGCAUCAUUCGGUAAUUGUACUAUAUGUAUAAACUUGGGUUUUACUUUUGGAUAAAAAAAA